UUCGCCUGGUGGUCACGUGACUUCCAUCCUAGGAUACCUGUGAAAAGUCGGUAAAAGUCAGAUUUCUGAGGCUUGCGAUCAUUUUAUGUUCAUUAUAUUCAUUAUUUAUUUAUCGAAAUGGUUUCUUAACUUUGUUCAUAAAUAUCUAAUUAUAAAUUAUUUUAUAAAUGCCUGAUUAGUAGCCAGCGAAUGUGGCUAAAUUUUUAGCUAACUGUGCAGCAGAAAAAUGGCGACUAACGGUCGUGAGGAGGAAAACACUGCUGCCGCUGCCGAUGCUGCGAUCUGGAGGCAAAGGCUGCUCAAAUGCUGGAACUUUGUCCUGGUCAACAAGUUUUUGUUCCUAAGUGUGUUGGGGGUUGCUGGUGGCUUCUGAUCUAUGGCCUGGUGAUUCUGCCAAUGAUCUUUUUCUUGUUUGUGAGGUGUAACCCCCUCCCUGUCAUGAGAGCGGUCACUUUAGUCACUGCAAUGCUGAUCUCAUCCAGCUCUGCUGCAUUGCCCCUCAUGUUUUUGUGCUGUGAGGAGAAACUGAGGAUCAAAAGAAAAGUCCCUCGCUUCAUGCUGCCCAUCUGCACCAGCACCAACAUGAACGGAAGCAUCCUUUACGAAGUGGUCGCAGUCGUUUUCAUCGCCCAGCUCAACCGCAUCAAUCUGAACUUGAGCCAGUUAAUUACCAUUGCUGUGAUGGCAGCAGCCACCAGCAUCGGCGCAGGAGGGAUCCCAGCUACAGGAGCAGUGACCACUCUCUUUGUUCUGACAGCGGUCGGCCUGCCUGCUCAGGAUGCCUCUAUUCUGGUGGCUGUAGAAUGGUUCAUAGAUCGAUGCAACACCAUCGUCAACGUCUCUUCAGACUGCAUUGGUGUGUCGAUCAUCUAUGAAGUGUCCAAAAAAGAACUGGAGGAGCACAGACAGGAAAUGAUACAGGCAUCUCACAGGAAGGGUAGAGUAGCCACAAGAGACUGAAACCCAAAACAAAACGGACACUAAAAUAGAGCAGAUACACUGAAGACACUGCGCUCACUGAGGAAACACAAUAUUUUCAGGUUCCUCGUGUUACAUGAUUGCCAACGCACCACUUCUGAAAGAUCCUCUGGACUUUGACUCAAUCUGAUGAAUCAACAGGCUGAAGAUAAACUGAUCUCUGACCAACUGCACAUGAGAUGGCUGUAGUUAAUGACCUCUUGUGUAAAUUAUAGUGAGUUUUAUUACCUAUACAGGCUUAUAGGAAGGCAUUCAAAUUACAUGCAUUCAUCCUCUGCCUUUAGCCAACGGGAGCUGCUUGGAGGACAGACAGUAACCUAACAACAUGCACGACAGUGAGGGCGAGCAAAGUGCACGUCUUAAACGUUCAAGUAGCUCAAACGAGCCACGUUUAGCACCGGAGAGCGGAUACUGUGGGUUCAACAGCAUCAAAUUACAGAGGUGUGGAUCAGAGACACAGCUGUGGCGUCUUCUGCAGCUCCACUGUAAAUACUCACACAUGGAAGUGCGUUUCACAGGCACAAACAACAUAUUUACAAUGUAUUCCGAUUACACCUCAGACUGAGUAACAGCUUUAGAUGAAGUCAGUAAGAGAACCAUGUCUUCCUGAUGUCCUGUGAACACAGUUUGUCCACAUGUUUGUGUACAAACAGACGCAAGAGAAUAUUUGAGAGUCACCU